AUGGACUCGCGACAACGCUAUCUCGAGGAGCAAUUGCAAAGAAGAGAAUCGGAAACCUUGGAAUUGCGUCGAAACCUCCGCGAACUGGGGACGAAGUUUUUCCAGCUCGAGCGAGCUUUCGAAAUCAACUUGCGGUCGCAGACCCACCGGGAAGUUCAGUUUAAUCGUAUGAAACUGGAAAGUGAAGAGCUUCGCAAACUUAAUGGCGAGACGGUACGAGCGAGAACAGAACUGAACUCGAGAUUAAUGAAUGCAAUAACUGAGAGGGAUCAUUGGAAAAACGCUUUUCUUCGGCAAGGAGAAUUUAUUAAAAGAAGUAAGAUCGAAUUCGACAACGCGAUAACGCUGGUGAAACAAGAAUGCGAGGAUAUUUUGAAGACGACCCGAGAAACUGCGGGAAGACAAUUUCACGAAAUAGUCGAACUGUACAACGAAGCCCGUGAAAAGGUGACCCGAUUAGAGGGACGUGUAAGAACGUAUCAAGGCUGCGAACGGGAGCAAGAAAACCGAACUUUCGAGCUGGCAAACCUACUUGAAACUUUAAAACGUUUCGACGUGGAUGUCGGCUCUGUCUGUCAACUUGCGGCGGAAGCUUUGAAGAACAUGACCGAACGGGGAAACUUCUUCGAAGAAAGCAUGAGGAAUCUCAGGUAUCUCGCUUGGACCGUAAAAGACAGAAAGGAUGAACCGCAACUGGUUUUAUUAAGGAAGCAGAAUUCCGUUUUGAGGGAGGUCGUGAAGAAUCUUAAAAGGAAGUUUCAGACGAUUCGACAAACGCACGACGAAAUUCCGAAGAGGGAAAUCGAACGCACGAACGAACGUGUAUCUGGCGAAAUUGAAAGAAAUUCUGCGAAUUUCAAUACCGAUUUGAACAACGAGACGAGUUUUAAUAAAAAUAUCACACCACCGGAGGAAGAUUCGAUAAACCCGUUAAUUCGUAGAAAUAACGACUGCCACACGAAGAAACACGUACGCGACGAAAAAGAAACAUGUCCGGUAACUGGCGCGCAAAAGAACAAUAAUCGAAGUAGAGAGAUCGAUAUCGAGAGUUCGACAAUCGAUAAGUGCGGUAGAGUGUUAUGUAUCGAGUCGCACUUCAACGGUGUAACGUACGAAGAGUACGUAUUUAAAUUUUCGGUCGAUCGGGAAAUAAAAAUUAAAUAUCCUGUUUUGUUAAAUAACGACGAUCAAACAGCGGUUAGAAUGGAGUUCGUCGAUAACGUGGACGACUACGAAGUGACAUCGUCCGACAGAAUGUUGAUAUUAUUUAAAAAUAUAUACGCAGUCGUGAAUGUCAAACAGACAGGAGUACCGUGCAGCACGCAGACGAUGAAAAUGAAAACUUCCAACAACUUCACGCAAACAGCAUUGACCGGAAUAAAUUCGUUUUCCCGUUUGAACGUUGGAGUAACGGUGAGUGAAGGAAUUUCUACAUUUUUACUUCGUACUAUGCUCAAUAGUGAGAAACGUGCGAUAGAGAGAAGUCUCUGUAAUUUGGAACGAACCGUCAAGGCUUUAAAAUCUAACGCAUUAAAUCAAGCUGAAACGAUGAUCGGCAAGAACUCGCAUUUGCUUGCUGACGACGAGAUGUUAAAUUAUAUCAAGGUAUUGACUCAGUAA